CAAAACAGCUGUUCAAUUGUGUUUGUGUCCUCGAAAGCUUCAUUAAAAUUUUUGUUUUUCUAUUAUUCUAACAAAGAAAAGUCAAUAUUCUUUGAAAAGGAAUAGUAACUUUUGCUCCACCACAAUGAUUCACAUAACUGGGCACAAGUAUAAUGCCCGAGAGAUAGUCCAGAAUAUGUUUUCACCACUUGUGGGUGUGAUUUGCAGUCCGCUGGCUAACGAAGUUUGCGCACGCAAUAAUCUGUCUUUUAUGGAAAUGUUGCAACCAUUUUCUAAACUAUUAAACGAUGCGCAAUUCCGCGACGUAUCCGAUACGUGUGUCUCCAUCAAAGGUUUGCGACUAAAUUUUUGCGAUGUGGAUUGGCGUCCGCCACAGACAGUCUUGGCACGGAAAAUGCUAAAUGAAGCAGUGACAAACGCGCAUAAUGAUGAAACAAAAACCGUUAAUAUUGGCACUUUGAAAUUAAAAAUACCAACUUCAGAACCAUGGUUCGAACAUUGGCGUGAAACGUUUCUAACCGUACAAUUUCCUGCUGACCAUGAGUUUACACGACAUUUUCUAAGUUGCCUUAUCGUGCUGAGUAGUAGUGAUCCGAAUAUUAUCGAAAGCGCACAAAAGCUUACCCAACGCGUACAUCAAAUGCAAAGUGUAACACCACAAAAACUACCAAAAUGGUUCAAUCCCACCAAUGUGUUGAAUAGUUAUGUCGUACUACAUGAAGGCUCACAAGGCGACAUAUCAAAAGCACAACAAGGUUAUGAAUUGUUAAAGUCAACAUUUGGUGAUAAUAAAUGUUUCCUGGUGCAAGUUAACUCAUUAGAUGCUGGAGUUACUGGUGAGGUGCCAGACUAUUGGACAGCUUAUAUCAAGCGACAACCCAAAAAUGAAUUACCAGUUGAUCAAUUAAGUGGGCCAAAGACACCACAAGAUGCCAUGUCCAUGAUUUCCAUGCCCAAUUUACAAAUGUCUAAUAUGAGCGAUGCUAUAUCCACCACCGAUAGUGGCAGUGAUGUAGCUAUUAUACAUCCACUAAGUCCAGUGCAAGAAAAUGCUACCGAAGCAAUUAGCUCAAAAUUUUCUAUUAGCAGUGAAAGUAUCGCUUCACAAAACAUAAACGCUAAUGUUUGGGCAACCGAACCAGAUGGCGGUGAGACAGUUGUGCAUGGCGCCUGUCUGAAUGCGAUGGAUGUGGAGAAUUUACGUCAUUUCGUGCAAGACUACACCGUGCGAGCGCUAAUACCAUACGCUGAGCAAAUGGUUGCCGUACUGGCAGAGGCGAUUACGAACAAAAAGGGUGUUAGUAAAUCAUUGCUUAGUGCUACUAAACGCUUAUUUAGCAGUAAACCGACAUCGAAUGCGGUCAACCAAAAUGCUGUAAUUUACACACAUGAGUCGUCUGAAUUGCAAACGCGCAAACUCGGUGAUCUCUACUUUAUGUUUGGACAUUACAAUUUGGCUUUUCAGGCUUAUCAUCAAGCAAAACGUGAUUUUAAUGCCGACUCCGCUUGGCAGUAUUAUGCUGGUGCACUCGAAAUGGCCGCUGUUUCGGCAUUUAUGCUUGGCACGGCAUAUCGUAAGACAUUUGAUUACAUGGAGGAGGCAAUUAAAAUCUAUUUAAAUGUUUGCAAAUUGCAACAAUUUGCAACACGUGCCACAUUACUGAGCAUGGAAUGUUUGCGUACAUCACGUCUGCAUGGUGAAGCGGCCAAUCAACUUAUACGCAUGACUAGCGAGGAUGCAGAUUUACGUUCAGCAUUGUUGCUAGAACAAGCUUCCUAUUGCUAUUUAACCACUUAUCCUUCGAUGUAUCGAAAAUAUGCUUUUAAUAUUGUACUCGCUGGCAAUCGUUAUUCGCGUGCUGGCCAACGUAAACACGCACAUCGCUGUUAUCAGCAAGCAUAUCAUGUUUUCGAAAGUCGCGGUUGGAGUUUGGCAGAGGAUCAUAUACAAUAUACAAUGGCUAAGCAGGCAUGCGCGUUAAAGCGUUUGGAGGAGGCAAGUGUUUCGUAUGCGCAUUUGCUACAUCCAGACAGUCAGCAGAGUGCACAACAGCAGAUCAUUUUUCUCAAAGAAUACAUACAAAUGCAUACGGAACUUAUUAAACGUAAUACGGAAUUGGGUCUCUUAUCACUGGCGCUGCCGCAAGUCGAGCAAAAUUCUAUACGUGUUUUACUCUCAACGCCCAAUACGUUGGUUAGCGGGCAGCAGGUAUCGGCUAGCGGUAUUGACAUAAAGGCUGAUUGCGCUGAUGAAACCGUAUGGCAUAAAAUGGAAGAGAUGCUUGUUACCACUGCAGAUCCGAAGAAAGCUUUGGUAUUCAAACCGACACGUUUCCUCUACUCUAAAGAAUAUCCAGCGUUAGAGCAACCACUAGCGGUGCAAGGCGAACCAAUUGAAAUCUCGGUAACGGUAUUUAACACAGUCAAAUGUAGUAUUACCUUAAAUGGCAUUGAUUUACUUUGGAAAUUACAAUUGGAUAAUGGCGAAGUGCUUUCGAAUGAAUCAAUAUACAGUCACACUGAGGAGAGCUCAAGCAAAGCGGCUGUUGCUGCCGCCAUUAAAACUCAAUGCAUACCCGCCGUUGUCUUGGAUGAGCGUUGUGAACAUACGAUUUUCUUCAAAAUUACACCAAAAUUAACGGGUUUGUUAAAUAUUAUUGGUAUGGUGGGAGAAGUGGUGCUCACAGCUGAACCCACUGCCUGUCUGCAGGGUAUGUUGCAAUUUGAAGCGCAACAAGUGCGAGUGAAAAGUAAACAAACCACACAAUUGCUAAUGGAUAACAAAUUGAAUAUCAAAAUAACGCCAGCUGUGCCGUCAAUGGCUGUUAGUUUCUCACAGUUACCGACAAAUAUAAUAGCUGGCGAAAUACUGCCUGUAACAAUGACGCUGCGCAAUUCUGGUAUCGUACCCAUUGAGGAUAUUUACCUAUGCUGCGAUCAACCACGUUGGCUGACAUUGACAGAUGCCGAUACGGAAGUGCCGUUGUCAAUACUCAAAACUGUAAAGGAUCUCACUAACGAAAAGCUUUCAAAAGAUCGUGAAAUACGGCGCCAGCGUGUAAUUCGUUUGCUGAAACAUGAAAACUCGGUCAGUUUAAAGCCGCAGGAGUGCGCAACUGUGCCUCUGCAUAUACAAGCGCCUUACCAAAAGGGUGAUUUCACUUUGCGCUUACUGUUUUUGUAUGCACUGCCUGAUGGCACGAGCGCAGCCAUCAAAUAUCGUCUGGUACGUCAUAAUUGGAAGUUCCAAGUACACGAGUGUCUGCUCAGCGCGGUGACAUGUGUGAUAAGCAAUACACUGUCAGGUGAAUUGGGGCUCGAUGUAGCGAUUAAGAAUGAAAGUAAUGCAAAAGUAUUCACCGCCAGCGAUAUGUAUGUCACUUCGCUAGGUAUUUUUAGCGGAGAUCAUAAUAUUAAUAGGAAUAAGCUUUAUAUAACCAAUCAAAUGGAAAUUGCAACUGGCGGUGAUGGAGCACGCUAUCUACCCUUGGGUAAAUCGAUGAACUUCCAAUGUCGUCUCGAACGUAAUAACAACAAAUUCACGUCUCCACCGGCUAAGCUGCUUUAUGAGCGUGUUUCUUUUGUCAACAUUGUACCCUCAAUUAACGCUGAUAAGGCACAUCAACACAUACCAUCAGUACAUGAAAUGUAUGGUUUUUUGGCAAAACAUGAGACUUUAUAUUUCAAUACGAAUAUCACUACCGAUGAAUUCAAUAGCGCUGUUUUGAGCACAGAUCCACAUACAACUGUCAUUUUGAAUUGGGCUGCUCACGUUAAACUAGCUGGGAAGGACGAUGCUCAGCGUUUAGUUGCUGGCCAACAUUUCGUGCAACUGCGUAAUCUCUACGAAACUACAACAUGUCUAGGCGCACAACCGUCUCACGCUGUGGUAGAGAUUAUAGCCAAACCGCAACAGGUGCGUAGCAUCGCGGAAUUCGCUUUAACUGACACCGAUGCACAGCCGUUCGCUGUAUACGCCGAUGAACAACGUUGGGUGGACGAUGAAGAUGAUGUUGUGGGCGAUGAUGACGCAGCGUCCUAUUGGGAGCUCAAUACAGACUAUGUUGGCAAACGUUGUUUACUCUUGGAUGAAAGUUUAACGCUUGUCAUAAAGGCUUAAUUGCAAUGAGUGCAUGAUGUAUUAUGUAUUUUAGUAAAAAGUGAU